GUGACCACCGGACAGGGGUGGGGUUAGUGGUUAGGGGGCAGGGCCAUGAGUGCAGGCUGCUGCCUGUCAGUGAGGCGCUGAUCAGAUGUGUGUGUGUGUGUGUCAGAGUGCUGCUGUCUCUCGGCCAUGGCCUGUCUGAUGGCUGCCUGGUCCGUCCACAACCCCACUGUCACCAACUCCAUCAUCAUGAACACCAACGGGCCCCCGGACCUUAUGUUGGAUCCCCGGACGGUAUGUGUUUGUAUGGAUGAGGUGGUCAACAAGCGGCCGGCGGGCAGCCAGCAGACGCCACUGCUGCAGGGACACCUGAAGAAGCUGGACAACAACCUGACGGAGGCCCAGAGGUUCUCCUCGUUACCUCGCAGACCAGCGGUCAACAUUGAGUUCAAAGACGUCUCCUUCGUGGUCACAGAGGGACCCUGGUGGAGGAAGAAAGGUUACAAAACUCUGCUCAAAGCCAUCUCUGGGAAAUUCACCAGCGGGGACCUGGUGGCUAUCAUGGGGCCCUCGGGAGCCGGAAAGUCCACGCUCAUGAAUAUCUUGGCCGGGUACAGGGAGACGGGGAUGAAGGGCGAGAUCCUGAUCAACGGGCAGCCCAGAGACCUGCGCUCUUUCCGGAAGGUUUCCUGUUACAUCAUGCAGGACGACAUGCUGCUGCCUCACCUCAGUGUCCAUGAGGCCAUGAUGGUAUCGGCCAGCCUGAAGCUGCAGGAGAAGGAGGAGGCGCGCAGAGACAUGGUCCAGGACAUUCUGAUGGCUCUGGGUCUGCUGGAAUGUGCUCAAACCAGGACGUCUCACCUGUCGGGGGGGCAGAGAAAGCGGCUGGCCAUCGCUCUGGAGCUUGUCAACAAUCCGCCGGUCAUGUUCUUCGAUGAACCCACGAGUGGCCUGGACAGCUCGUCAUGUUUCCAGGUGGUGUCUCUGCUCAAAGCUCUGGCUCGAGGAGGACGGACGGUUAUCUGCACCAUCCACCAGCCGAGCGCCAAACUGUUCGAGCUCUUCGACAAGCUGUACGUGCUGAGUCAGGGUCAGUGUAUCUACAGGGGACAGGUGUCCAGUCUGGUCCCGUACCUGAGAGACCUCGGGCUGAACUGCCCCACGUACCACAACCCCGCUGACUUCGUGAUGGAGGUGGCGUCCGGAGAGUAUGGGGACCAGAUGAUCAGGCUGGUGACAGCAGCUCAGGAGAGGAAGUCUCAGAAAGACCAUCAGCCCGAGCUCAAUGGAGACAGCACCCUCCACCCCUUCCUGUGGCAGCGCACCGAGGAGGAGAGCUCAUCGUCUGAAGGCUGUCACAGCUUCUCUGCUAGCUGCAUGACGCAGUUCUCCAUCCUGUUCAGGAGGACCUUUCUCAGCAUCCUCAGAGACUCGGUGCUGACUCACCUGAGGAUCUUGUCUCACAUUGGGAUCGGCGUUCUGAUUGGUCUGUUGUAUCUGGGCAUCGGGAACGAAGCCAAGAAGGUUCUGAGUAACUCAGGGUUCCUGUUCUUCUCCAUGCUGUUCCUCAUGUUCGCCGCUCUGAUGCCCACGGUGCUCACCUUUCCUCUGGAGAUGGGCGUCUUUCUGAGAGAACACCUCAACUACUGGUACAGCCUGAAAGCGUACUACCUGGCCAAAACCAUGGCUGAUGUCCCCUUCCAGGUAGUGUUCCCGGUGGUGUACUGCAGUAUCGUCUACUGGAUGACGGCUCAGCCUCCGGAUGCCGGCCGGUUCUUCCUUUUCCUGUCUCUGGGGAUUCUGACAUCUCUGGUGGCUCAGAGUCUGGGUCUGCUUAUCGGAGCCGCCUCCACCUCCCUGCAGGUGGCCACGUUUGUGGGCCCGGUCACGGCGAUCCCGGUUCUGCUGUUCUCCGGGUUCUUCGUCAGCUUCGAUACCAUCCCCUGGUACCUGCAGUGGAUGUCCUACAUCUCUUACGUCAGGUACGGGUUUGAGGGCGUCAUCCUGUCAAUCUACGGCCUGGGCCGUGUAGAUCUUCACUGCGAUGAAGAUGAGGUGUGUCACUUCCAGAAGUCUGAGGCCAUCCUCAAGGAGCUGGACAUGCUGGACGCCAAACUCUACCUAGACUUCAUUGUCCUCGCCAUCUUCUUUUUCUCUCUGAGACUCAUUGCUUAUUUUGUCCUCCGGUACAAAAUCAGCUCUGAGAGGUAGAGCGGGGCCGGGAGGAAGAGGAGGAGUUGCAGAGUAAAAGCCCUGACGCCGAAGAGCAGCUGUCCAGUUUGUUUCCACUUUGACUCUCUCUUAAAAAACACAUGAAGAAGAGAUGGCGUGUGAGGACGCCACAGGCCCACAGGGGUAGAUUUCAUGGUCUCAUGGAGGCGCAACGGGACCAGGAGCUGGUCUUCUGUAUCCUGGGAGUAUCACCAUGCCACAUCCUGACUACUUUUCAUAAUAAAAGCCUCUGCUAUCGCAGGAUGAUGACAUUUCUGCUUUUUAGUUUAUUGCUGAGGUCAAAGGUGAGAGCAGCACAGAGGGCCUGAUUCCCUGACUAAACGCUCGAAUUCUGUUCUUCACGUUUAAGCAUCCUGCGAGCCUCUGCAGAUCCACCGAAGGCAGUGACGCAGGAACGUUAAACAAAUUUCCCACGUGUGAGACUAAUAAAGUUUAUCUUAUCUUAUCUUAACGUUUCAGAUUUUGCAAAUCCUGGAAAACUGCAGGAUGAAGUUUUCAGCUGUGCAUUUAAACUUUUUUUAAAAAAAAAAAUCUUCUUAACAUCCACCCGACCUACAUUCACACACAAAGACACAUGAUUUCAAACAAAACAUUCUCUAGAUCCUGGAAACUUUUCUUUUGAGUCUAAUACAAAACUUGAUGGGCUGCCGGUGAAAGCUAACGGGAUAAAAGCGAUGAAAAAUCAAACAUUUGAGCAGAAAGUGUUUAGGAGUAAAUCUACAUGAUUCAGAUAUAAAAGCUUUACAAUAAAUAUGAAAAAAAAUAAUUGUCUGAAACCUGUUUAAGCAAAAAAUGUUCCAUCUGUUUACUUUGACAAAAUUCACAUUAAAGAAAUUUUAGAAAACUUUCCUGUGAAAAAACAGAAAAACUGAUAUUUCAAUGAAACAGUAAAACAACAACAACAAUUACCCACAGCGUGUUCUGAAAGGGAGGAUGAACAAAACGAUGAAAAUCAAGUGUUUGUCAUGUUGAGAUGUUGUUUAUUCCUGAUAAUUUUACUCGUUGUGACAGAACUAAUUAAACUGAAUUAUGGGAACAUUA